GAUGGGGAUAUUUAACAAUGUGCAAUUGCUAAAAUGCUUGGUGAUACUAUGAGAUGGCUGCAUGAUGCUUCUUUAGGUCAAAUAUCUUUUAACCAUUGUUGUGACUUUAAAAAAACACCUCUUGCUGAAAUCUUCAGAGAACCUCCCUGCCCCUGCCCAGCUUAAAUGGGGUUGCACAUCCAAACGUAACUGCCUCAGAGGCUCAGUAACACAUUCCUGGUUAUAAGAAACAGCCCUAUAAUAUUGAGUCAGACCGUUAGUCUACCUAGUUCAUUUGUCCACACUGACUGGCAGUGGCCUUCCAGGUUUCAGACAGGACUCUUCCAGCCCUACCUAGAGACUGAAUCUCGUAUCUUUUCCCAGUCAGACAAUGUGUUCUACUAUCAAGCUAUACCCCUUCCCCUUUUACAUAGACUUUUUGAAGAACAAGCUUGGUUUGUUCUUUAAUAGGAUGGCUACUACUUUCCGCAGUCGCAGUAAAGGCAAUAUGGAAUAAGAAUGAUUUUGCUGCUGAUCCUGGUUUCCAGUUCAAACAGAUCCCCUACACAAUCACCUCUGGAGUGCAUGGCAUUCUUUCCAAACUUGGUUGUGAAGUGACCCUCCACGUUUUAUUUAAAACAUGCAUAUGGCUGUCCUGAUUCCCAGAGCAGUAGCAGGUCAAAUGCUGUCAUAUUUCAAGAAUAGGUAGAACCAAAUGCUUGCCAUAUAGAGGUACUAAUUCACACAAGCAGUACCUUCAUAUGAACUAUGUCAGACAGAGAGCCAUCACAUGCCUAAAUCAGCCCUACACUUGUAAGAUAUAAAAGCCCAAAUCUUUGAAGUAGCAUCUUCAAUUAAAAACUGCUACUUACAGGGAGCGCUUCAGAUGCAGCUGCCAGUUAUAAAACAUCCCUGCAAACAAUUAAACUUCUAUACAGAACAAUAAAACAUACUUGAAUAUUUAAAGCACUUAGCAUCACUCAGUUGCAUUUUUAAUAUUUCAGAUAUGUACCGUUAAGAGAAAGUUUUUCUUUUGUCUUCAGGGCUGUCACAAUAGUAGUUGGAAUUAAAUAUAGCUGUUUAAAAUACUUGCAAAUGAGAAGUUGGAAUUUACUGUAGAGAAACAUGGAUCUGCUGUUGUCUUCCACUAAAUCCACAUAAGACAGCCUAAUGUUUCUCUUGCUUAAGAUAAAUGAGGCAAAGAUCUGGAAGUUUGUGGCAAAUCAGCCUCCCACACUCCGCUGCUUUGCAUUUGCUCCCUUGUAACUGCUUUGGGCCUAUGUUAUUUCCACACCAUUCUUUUGGUCUUUCAUAAGUUCUGUGUUGUGUUCGGUCAGGAGUAGGUUCAACUUUGGAUAUAAUUUUUUAUAGAAAAGCAGAGUAAGAAUUGAUUUAUACUUUCACUCCUACUAGCAGCAUUCUAUUGCAGAGUGCCUAUUGUUGAUAGCAGCCAGAAAGGGUCUUCUACCCCAUCAGUAACCAUGGCUACUGCAGCAACAGCAAAUAGAGGCUGGCAAGGGAAGAGCUCCCCCCAAAACCACACACCCCGCAAAAUAGCCUGGGCUAUUUCCAAAAUAUAAGUUAAUGAAGUAGGGGAGGGGCUCUUAAAGUUUGCUCCCUGCUCUCUACAAAUCACAGUAAAAGUUGCUGAGGCUGCUGGUGGAAGGAGAUUUUAUACAUCUGUAAAACGGAAUACAUGUGCUGUUUUUAGGGAUGCACAAUUGUAUCAGAGUUAAAAGCUUUUAAUUGAAAAAGGGCCCUGAUGAUUAUUCAGACAGAUUAAUAGAUUUUUUAAGAAAAACCUGCUGUGGCACCAUCUUAAAGCAGGCAUCACUUUCCUCAUUCAUAUAUAUAAAUAUAUACAAAGCCAGUUUUCCUGUGCUUGAGUUCCUGGGACUCAAGAUUUUAAAAGAAAUGCAAAUUUUUUUUUGAAAAACAUGGAGUUAGAAGAAAUAAUGUACGUGGAACUAUUCCUGUCAUUUUGCAUCAGCACAUGCGGAAGGUUCAAUCCUCUGCAUCUCCAGACAGGUCUGGGAGAAAAACGUGUCUGAAACCAGGGGAAAACCCUGCCAGUCAGUGUAGACAGUAGUAAGCUAGAUGGAGGAAAUGGUCCGACUCAGCAGGCAGCUUCCAAUGUUCCUAUGUCCCAGCCUCCCCUUCCUGGCCCCAUCCUAGAGAUAGGUAAUUUCUACACUCCUGCAUUUGUGUUUGGUUGUUAUCCACCUACAAAAAAUGCUAUUUCUUCUUGUCCAGUUCCUACUGCGCCUUUUUAUAAAGAGAAGCAGCCAAAAUCACGACUAGUCGCCCUUAUCUCCUCCCCUCGCUGCCCCUGCUUCAACUUCUUAUUUGCAGGGACAAGGGCAUCUGUCUGCGGCUUUCCUCACAUUGCCGGACUACAGUUCCCAUCACCCACCCCGGUCUCUAUGCCUCUCCCUUGCGCAUGCGCGGUCUCACCGCGGCCUCUCGUAACGUAGACGCCCGUUACCAUGGCCACGAGGCCUCAGGACGACGCGCCGCUUUCGCCGUUACCAUGGCGACGGCGAGGCCUUGUUUACGCCCGCGGUUUCUACGGCGCCGCGGAGCUGACCGGGCCGGAGGGAGAGGAAACAUGACGGCGGAGCUGCUCCGGGCUCUGCGUGGUGGGCCAGGGACUCGCUGCCUGUCGCUGAAGGCGCGGGGGCUACGCCGCCUGCCGCGGGGGUUGGGGAAGAUGAAGGGCCUGGAGAGACUGAGCUUGCGGGACAACAGCCUGCGCCGGCUGCCUCAGGAUAUGAAGGCUCUGGGCCGGUUGAAGGUACUGAAUUUGGGAAAUAAUAAUUUUGAGGAGGUUCCAGAGCAGCUGAAAUACCUCAAGUCUUUGCAGACUCUUCAUUUGUUUAGAAACAAGAUCACCAGAAUAUCACCCUUAAUAUUUGAUGGAUUGCAAAAUUUAGUACUCCUCAAUCUGAACAACAACCAACUUAGUUAUCUUCCUCCAGAGAUACAAAGGCUUGAACAUCUUGAAUGCUUGAGUUUAGACAAUAACCAACUGCAAAAAAUUCCCAAAGAAUUCUGUUAUCUCCGAAAGUUGUGUGAACUCCAUUUGUUCAACAAUUCCAUCACUGCGCUCCCUGAAGAGAUUAAAUACCUGAGAAAACUCAAGAUCUUGAUUUUGGCAAGAAAUCAAAUAGAAGAACUUCCUGAUGGACUUUGCAAAUUGAAGAGGCUUAGAGUUCUAGAUGUAGCUGGAAACAAUAUCCAGAUCUUCCCAACAGCAAUGGAAGAUCUUGAACUGGAGGAACUUUAUUGUGAAAGUAAUCCAUUGCUUCAGAAACAUCCAGUUAGUGCCAUACAAGAGGAGGACAUUUUGACUCUUAAGGAACUAACAGCAAGAUUUAUUCUUGAUCAACUGGAAAAGAAAAACUUUAAUUUACACAGGGCGCUAAAGCAGAACUUAAAUGCACAGAAGAUGCUUGCCCAUAAGCAAGAAUGUGCUCAGUGCAGACAUGGCUUUCUGGGCAUGUGGCUAGAAUGUGUACAGUUCGUGGAUAUAAGACAGCGAAUGAAGACUAGCAGGAACUUGGAGCUCUUACCUGUCAAGGCACUUCUGUGCUCAUACAAAUGCUUUAAUCACAGCGGCCACGAACUCUUUGGGAUUGCUGUACCCUAGAGCAAGCAAUAAACCCAGGAUCUCACCCAGCUGGCAAGUUGCAACUAUUUGUGACACUCUUAAGAACGGAAACAGAACAUAGCAUUUUGUGCUAUAUCCAUAUUCAAUGUGAAAUACACAGUUGUGUUGGAACAAUGGUGGCAGAGAAGUGAUUUAGUGGUGGGCAGGAAUUAUUUCCUACAGCUGUACAGUUGGUGUGUUUUGGCAGCCUUGACUCUCCUUCUGAAAAUGGAUGAAGUUAAUGGCAUUGUUUAACAGUGAGGUAAAAGUUUUAUAAUGUAAACUCUAACUAGCCUAGGUUACUGUGGUUUCUUUUGGCUUCUCUGUUAUGAUCCAUGCACCUUAAUCUGAAAUUCUGAUAAGUGUUUCUCCCCCCCUGAAGAUUUAGGGUCAGACCUUAAAACUGCAAAAGAACACUUUUAACGUGUAUCCAGUGAUUACGUAGUGCUUGAUUUCCAUUAUAAAUCCUGUUUUCUAGAAGUUUAUAACUUGGCUUUAACAUUUGGCAUGCAUAAUUUUCAACACAGAAGAAAAUGUGUUGGAGCGUUUUUAAAAAGAAAGGGAAUUGGUACACAUUAAGAAGGAUUUCUUUGCUCAUAGGAACUUUGAUUAUAAGAAAGCUGUGUAUCCUGGCAACCUUUGGAAAAAAGAACAUUCCAUGGAGAAGCAAGCAGUUUGAUAGGACGUUCACAUGCUUGCUUGCUUUUCCACUCUUAUUUCUUUGCAUGUUUUAUCUUCAGUGUUUCCAGUGCUAUUUUACUAGAAAACUCGCCUUGUUCUCUUAUAAUGGCAAAGGCGCCCACCUGAGAGGUGCCGGAACUGAAAAAAAGUAUUUCUAUGCUGCAAUUCCUCCUGGUUUGCAAUUUGCAUUCUCAUCUCAUGUAAUUAAUUGCAGUGCUACAGAAAACAGGGCUGUUUCUUAAACUUGAUCCUAAAUUUAAGCAUGUGGAUUGACUUUACUGUUUACAUACAGAGAUCAUUCGUGUUCUGAUCUAAACAAAGAAAGAUGUAUUUAAAUUUGAAAUAGUAAGUAGAACCAUGUACUUCCCUAAAUUGCAGAUAUUUUGUAUAUGACUGCCCCCCCUUUUUUUAAAGAGAAAGAAUUCUAUGUAACACAGUGACUUGGAAAUCAAGCGAAACGUUGAGUUCCUAGAAUGAAACUAGUGACCACAUUCAAGACAGCAUUCAGCAUUUCAAGCGUAAACCCCAGCUUAGCACACCGCUCAUUUUCAAGAAAGCUGUAAAAAUGUGUUUUCUGUCUUGAAGAUUGAGACAUCAGAAUGAAAGCUGAUGUCAGCAUCUAGAAUACCGUUCAGUUUUUCAAGUACAGGCCCCAGCUUGCACCCCCCCCUUGACAAAAGUCAAGGGUGUGCAAAAUAGAUUAGAAUCAGCAGGGCUUUUUUCAGAUGGAACUUGCCAGUUCCGACACCUCUCAGGUGGGCAACAUUGCCAUUAUAAGAGAUGUUCUCUUUUUCUAGAAAAAUAUCACUGAAACAGAUGUCUGAAGUGGAGACUCUCAAACACAGUUCUUCACUAGUGCAUAAUGAUUUCAAAAUGUAAUUGCAUUUGUCAAGUGAUAGUUACAUAGAAACAGCACUUCUUAGGCAGUAUGUUUUAGCUUACAAUAUGGGGAAGAAUAAAGACCCUGUUUAAAAUAUUUAUUGGUACACGGUAUUAUCUGAAAACGCAUCUGAUACGUGCUUUUUCUGAACACAGUUGUAGUGAGCAAAAGGAUUCAAAAAGGUCUAUUGAUUCAACUGUCAAAUAAAUAGUACUCUUUAGUAAAAGCAAUGUGACCAAAAAGGCAUUUGACGUUUUAUUCAAGUGGAAAAACUCUUCAGAUUUAUCCUAAGGAUGAAUGAAUGGUUGAAAUCAGUGGUGCUUUAGUUGCAAUACAUUUAUCUCAUUGAUUGCCGCAUCACUUGAGUACAGGUAUCAGAUUCAGAGUUAGUUAGCUUGAAAAGGUAUGUGAAGGAACCCCAGCCCUAGAAACAAGUGUCUACAUUUUGCAACUUGCCAUAAUAUUUUGUUCCACAAAGAAGAUGCCUGUGCCAAAUACUUUUCCGGCUUAUCCUUGCUGAGAUACCAUGAAAGCUCAUGACAUCCUUUUCAGUUACAAUAGGGAGCAGUGCUUGUGUUUUUUUAAUCCACCCUUUUGCAACAGACCAGAAACAACUUGAGAAGAACUUUCACGUUUGUUUACAUUUACUUGAGUUUUUCAGUGGCUCUCUUACGUACGGUAAUCGUUCUUAUCGGAAACUAAAUUAGCGUAGCAUAAAAUGCAACAAAUAUAUUAUCCAAGCAUUUACAAAGAAAAUGAAAUACUGUUAUGAGAUAUCACUAGAAAAUGACUCUUUUCUUGUCCAGGCUUAAUUCUUAAUUAUGUUUAUGAAAAAUUAAAUAUUUGGCAGCUUGACUCUGUAUAUUCAAAGUUACAGAACAUACUGGAUUGCUUUCAUUCCUAAUGCAAUGAGAGAAACAACUGCAGUGGCAGUGAGAGUGCUGUUUUCAAAGUACUGAACAAGUGUUGUUGAAGUAAAGGUGCCUUCCCCCUAAAGGACUGGAAGACUUGGAAGAAAUAAUUCACAAGCAGCUGUCAUUGGUAUGGCCUAGUAUAAUUAUCUGAGAUACAGCACAAUAAUUUUGUAUUUGCUUAAGGUAUGGUGGAAUCCUCUAUGCAAAAGUUGUGUUUGGUCAUAAUAUAAGGUUUAUAAGAUACACACAAACUGCUUUCAGUGGUUUGCCAUAAAGAACUUCCUCAGAUAACUGUGUUAAUAGGAAAGAUUUGUAGACAUUAUUUGGACUACCUAAGGUAUUUUGCAGCACAAUCCUAAAUGUCCCUACUCAGAACUAAGUUUCUGUGAAUUCAGUGGCACUUACAGAUAAGUAAGAAUAGGACUGCAGCUCUACUGACAUAAAUGUUCAUCUUUUGGACAUCCCAGCAGGGGCUUCUCUCAGACCUUUUACUUGUUGAGCAUGAAGGAUGAAGACAGUUUCUGAGCAUAUCUGAAUCCAUUUAGAAGCUUCUGUACAAGCAGACUUGUGACAAGCAAGCUUCCUGAUUACACAGAGGCUUCUAAGUGCGUUCAGUCGAAUGCAUGAGAAUCUGAGGGUCCUGCACAUGCCUGCAUUAAACAAAAUAAGCACAUAAAGAGAAGGGGGACACACAGGAAUUUUCAAUUGUUGGAUUCACCAUGGGCCAUAUGGUGCAGCUGAACAAAAAUAACCAUUAUUUAUACAAAUAUACAAAAAUAAACAUUAUUUUCCAUCUUA